CCCGCCCUCCCUCCCACCGACCCUUUCCCUUCCUACUUUCUACUCCUCUCUUCCUUACUUUCUUUUUAACAAAUUUGAUGUGAAGUUCUGAAGCCCUUUGAAGAGGACUGUGAGAGAAAGUGGAGGAAGCAGCUGCAUCCAGCCAGAAACGUUCCUGACACCAGGGCAGCUCUGCCUUGAACAUUUAAUCACAUCAUGCUGUUUUUGAAAGGAGGGUAUAGAGGAAUCAGACAAAGAAGAUUUGUUGUUGAACAUUUGGCUUUUGUUUGGCUUUGAGAAUAUACUUGCACACAAAUAUAUUUCCCUCUUGGAGUUCAGCAUUUAUCUUGAUUGACCUCAAGAGCCAAUUCUGUUUCAUUGACACCUGUCUAUGAAACUAGGCACAUAAGAUGACAGAACUGGGAUGUCCAUGCCCUUCAAUUGUUGAACUUCAAGGGCAUUUGUUUUGACUCCUCCCCCCUCUUAAUUUUGGCUGUGAGUUUGCUCCUUUUUGCCUACAGGGGGCACUGUAAGCCCACCAUGCUCCAUCUGGGAUUCGGGGUGGCCACCCUGCUCUUUAUUUUUGCUCCUGGGAUAGUCCACUGUGACUGCUGGCUGAUCGAAGGAGACAAAGGCUAUGUUUGGCUCGCUAUCUGCAGUCAGAAUCAACCACCCUAUGAAACUAUUCCCCAGCAUAUCAACAGCACUGUGCAUGACCUGAGGCUGAAUGAGAACAAACUUAAGGUGGUGCUCUACUCCUCUCUGAACCGCUUUGGUAAUUUGACAGAUCUGAAUCUAACAAAAAAUGAGAUUUCCUACAUUGAGGAUGGAGCUUUCAUGGGCCAGACAAAUUUGCAGGUGCUGCAGCUGGGCUACAAUAAGCUCACCAAUCUGACUGAGGGCAUGCUGCGUGGCAUGGGCCGGCUCCAGUUCCUCUUUGUGCAGCACAAUCUGAUUGAGGUGGUUACCCCCAAUGCUUUCAUGGAAUGCCCUAGCCUCAUCAGUAUCGACCUAUCUUCCAACCGUCUCAGCCGACUAGAUGGAAGCACCUUCACCAGCCUGAACAACCUGAUGGUAUGUGAGCUAGCUGGGAACCCCUUCAACUGUGACUGCAACCUCUAUGGCUUCCUCAUGUGGUUGGUAGCCUUCAACAAUGUCACAAAAAACUAUGAUCGCCUGCAGUGUGAGACUCCCCGGGAGUUUGCUGGUUAUCCCCUUCUGAUGCCUCGGCCACACCACAGCCGCAAUGCCAUCACAAUUUUCAAGUCAAUGUGUGGGGAUGGAACCUUUCCACCCAUCUCCAGGAUCAGACCUACACAGUUCAUAACAGAUCCUCAGAGGGAUCCAGAUGACAAUGCUGAAAACUCAGGCAUUAGCCCAGGUGAUUUCCUCUCUGUUGAACCUCCAGCGUCUUCCACCACUGAUUCUUCCUCUAACCCCAGCAUAAAGCUCCAGCAUGUAUCCAUCAAUGCAGCUGUUUUAGUGGUGACCAUUCCAUUCCCUUUUAGCAAGAUGUAUGUUCUGGUUCAGUACAAUAACAGCUAUAUAUCUGAUGUAAUGACACUAAAGAAAAAGAAGGAAUCAGUCACUCUCACCCACUUGAAGGCUCACACAGAUUAUACAUUCUGUGUUGCUUCAAUCCGUAACUCCAAACGUUAUAACCACACUUGCCUCUCAUUUGCCACAAGGAGUAAAGGGAGGGAAGAGCCAAUACCCAGUACCUCCACCACUACCCACUAUAUCAUGACCAUAUUAGGCUGCCUUUUUGGGAUGGUUAUUAUUCUUGGCAUUGUCUAUUAUUGCUUGAGGAAGCGUAGGAUGAAAGAGGAAAAACAAAAAUCUCUCAAUGUCAAAAAAACUAUUUUGGAGAUGCGCUAUGGUUCAGAUAUUGAUACCAGUUCAAUUGUACAUCCAUCACAGAAAUUGGGAGAACCACCAGUCAUUCCUGUCUCACGGAUGUCAUCUCUUCCAUCCAUGAUUGGAGAGAAGUUGCCUUCAUCCAAAUCUAUGGAUACAGGCAUGGAAACUCCCAAGGUCACCACAAAAGGCAAUUACAUUGAGGUUAGGACCGGUGGUGGGGAUGGGCUGGACAGGUCACAGCGGGAUGAUGAUCUGCAUGAACUGGAUAAUGGCCAAGGUUCAGCAGCUGAAAUCUCAACAAUUGCCAAGGAAGUAGACAAAGUGAAUCAGAUAAUCAACAAUUGCAUUGAUGCCCUGAAGCUGGACUCGGCUUCCUUCUUGGGAGGAGGGGGUGGUGUUGAUUCUGACAUGGCUUUUGAAUGCCAGUCCAUACCAGCCAGUUCUUCUGCUGGGUUGGAGCGACCAAGUUUUCUCUCUCCACCAUAUAAGGAGAGUUCCCACCAUCCCCUGCAGCGCCAGCUUAGUGCAGAUGCUGCUGUGGCAAGAAAAACUUGCAGUGUCUCAUCCAGUGGCUCCAUCAAAAGUGCUAAGGUUUUCAGUCUGGAUGUACCUGAUCAUCCUCCAUUGAGCAAAGCAGAUUCCAAGUAUAUUGAGAAAGGAAGUCCACUCAACAGUCCUUUGGAUCGUCUUCCCCUUGUGUCCCCAGGUGCCAUCCACCAUUUAGAAGUGAAACCUUCCUACCACUGCAGUGAACACCGGCAUUCCUUCCCAGCCCUCUACUAUGAAGAGAGUGGUGACACUUUAAGCCAACGGGUGUCCUUUCUUAAGCCGCUCUCCCGUUCCAAGCGGGACUCUACAUAUUCUCAGCUCUCACCUAGACACUACUUCUCGGGCUAUUCCUCCAGCCCAGAGUACUCUUCCGAGAGCACCCAUAAGAUCUGGGAGCGUUUCCGACCUUACAAGAAGCACCACCGGGAGGAGGUCUAUAUGGCAGCUGGUCAUGCCCUGAGAAAGAAAGUCCAGUUUGCCAAGGAUGAAGAUCUGCAUGAUAUCUUGGAUUAUUGGAAAGGUGUAUCUGCUCAACAAAAGUUGUGACUCCCUCAUUAAAAGGAAGAUAAAUCGACCGUACAAAUAAAUUAACACCCUCCCCCCACCUGACUGUGGAACAAAAAUCUGACAAAAGAAACUGAAACCAUUUCUUAAAGUUUACAAAAAAAACCCAACAGGAAAAAAAAAACAAAUGAAAUGAAGUGUCUCUCUUGUGUUACAGAGACCACUGUUACUCCUUCAGAUGGUGGGGAGGAGACUUUUCCUUUUAUUCUGUGGUGAAGAGAAGGGGAAGACUGUUAGAGGAGCUACUGGACUUGUAGGUAGCAGAGGCAAGAGGGGAGGGAUGCUUACCAGGCAUAGACUAAGACGCUAACCAUCAUUUUUUGGUUACUUUUAUUUUGUCCCCCCCCCAAAAAGGAAGUGGUUUUACUCAUUCCCUGAUAAAAGUGAAGGGGAGAGUGAUCACUCUGCUUCUAUAUCCUUCCCUUUCUUUCCUGUGCUUGCCAGGAUUCUUUCAAACAAUGCCCUAGUGCAUGGGAGAUAGUUUUCUGAGGUUCACAUAAAGCUGGAGUAGCAUUUCAGUCACCUAAUUUUGUGUUUGGGGGGCAUUUGUGUAGCAAAUGUGCAUUCAUCCCUCUCCUGUGAGUAGGCAUGCUUGACCUCUGGGGAAAGGUCUACAUACUCUCAACAUGGAUAGGCUACUGAAAUAUUACCUCAGCUGCAUUAGCACUUAUCAUGGAGUAGCACUGAUCAUGGAGUAGGUUGAAUCCAGAGUUAGUCAUGACCAAGUGCACAUAUUUGAAGCAUAACUAUAUUGGGAUUCAAGUCACUGAUGCUUGUGCAUUUAUGGCAAUCUUUAAAAGAUCCCAAAGUCAAGUCAAAGAUGUAACACACAUUAAGGUUUCACUCAGGAUCUUCUGUGCUCUCUAUUCCGUCAGUCUUUGUUGAGAUUUGUGCAUGCAAAGCAAGAACAACAUCUAAAGCUUUCUUUGCCUAUCCUCACAUGCUCAGGAUUGUCAAUUAACUGUAGGCUGAUGCAGGAUGUAAUUUUUCCUUCAUUGAGGAAAGAAGUAGGAGAUGAAGCAGAUAUAUUACAGAGUCUGUAUUUUCUACGCCCUUCAUUGUUUAUCAGGAAGGGAGAGAACAUUCGUUCUCAAGGAGUAUCCCCAUAUUUCAGUAGAAUUUCAGUUGUCUUCCAAGAAAAGUGAAUUAUACAGUGCUGGCCCUGGCCAAGAGUGGUUGCCAAAAUAAGAGUUUGAGAGGAGAGCAGGAGCUGCAACCCCUCUUAAAAUCUCAAGGGGUUCUAACUCCAAACAAACCUCAGCCUAUGGACUUGGGGAAUAGCACACAACUCCUUCCCAGGAUAUACUGUGCUCCCUUACAGGAUCGGGUCCAUCUUGGCUCGUUCCCUGAAAAUAACUGGCUGUGAUCCAUGACAUUCCAUGAGAAAAACAUUACACCUCAAUGCUAGAAUUGGACCUAUAUGGUAACAAGAUUGAAAACCAUAGAAUGCUGCAGGGGCUGGGAGGAGACAGCUUGGGAUGAUCUUGCAACAGAAAAAUGAAGGAUUGCCCUGGGAAAAAGAAAAAGAAUGGAAUUUUUCAAGAAAACAUUCAGUGGUUAAGCUACACAAGGUAAUGCAUAGUGGAUUAACAGACUUGCCAACAGAGCAUCCAAAUAGCACAUGGAUGGGAUGAAGGCAUAGAUACCAAUUGAUUGCAUUGGUUGUCAGACCAGCUUCACCCAUUUUCCUACCAUUUUGCUGAUGUUAUUUCUUCUCCAUGACUUAGUUGUUUGUUUUUUGCAGCUGCUGUAUUAAAGUUCUGGCCACUAUAUUUCCUUAUAUUCUUGGGAGAAUAUACAGCAAAAAUGGUUCAAAACCAUUGGUGAAGGGAUGAGUUGAGUUAUUCAGUUGUUCUCAAGAGAACUUCAUCACCAUAGUUAAGAUUGAUUAAUUAAGGAGUUGCACAGAUAAGUAAAUGUGGAUGUGUAGAUGUAUACAUACAUUCUGACGCAUUCAUGUUCCUAUCUAGAGAGUACCAUUCUGUGGUGCUCUGCUUUAUUAUAAAAAUGAAAUUAUUAAGUAUUUUACUAGGAAUAGAUUGGAGUAAAAUCUGGUUUAGAUAGGCUGCACUUGGCUCCAAUGAAUUCAUGGGGGACUUAAAUCAUGGCUAACUUAUCCCAUUGAUUUCUAUGGUAUCAAAAUGAUAUUUUCUUGUAUGAAGAGAAAAGAGGUGUCAUGUUUCUAAAUGUUUCUAUAGCCUUUUAUCUCUGAUUUGAUAAACUUUACCAUGACAACAGAUAUGGCAUAUCCUUUUUCCACUGCUCACACCUCUGCCUUGCAACAAGAAUUCAUAGGUGCAACAAACAUACAUCACUAGUAGAUUAUCUUUCUCCCCUGGUGCUGGCCUAUCUCAGAACACACCAACAAAGCACAAGCGGCUACAGCCACGGAAUCCAUUAGCUAUUUGUUUUCAAUGAUUAACCACCCUGGGCAAGGACUUUCACAGGAGAAAACACUUCUCAAAGUAUUUAUGGUUGGUAAUAUUGCCCUCUUAGAAGAAGACAUUCUAGAUUCAAGACUCCAAAUUGAUCCACUUCCUUUUCAUUGCAAGAAAAGAAAUAUUAUGCUUCCCUACAUUGCACACUCAAACUGAGGAUGGAUGUGUGCCUUGCAGUCAGAACUAGUCUGUCUUUAUCUUGCAAGAUUUCCUCUGCCCAAUUGUUCCCUGAAGAAAGAUAGUAGGAAUAAUAUGUGAUCCUGGGUGACACGGGGAAGUAAACCAAGAAGCUAACAGUGUAGUGUACAUGGGAAAGGGGAUUCACAUCCUUUCUUGGGAAAGUUCCUUCCUGAAAACAGUAAGAAGUUGAAGAGCCACUGUUCCUGAGUGGUUGGGAGCAGAUACCUUUCCUUCAUCCUAGCCUCACUUCUGGUAGACACUGUGCUCCAGCAACCAGGAGAGGACCCUUCUCUUUACCCAAACAGUGAAGACAGAAAACUUAGUUCAAAAAUGGAAAUGCCAGCCUUUUGUUGGUUUAUAUUAAAUCUCAGGGAUUCAUUUGUAAUGAAACCAAGUGAGGAGUGUGAUCCCAGAAAGGAAUUCUUGUGAUAUUUUGAGGAAUCCAAAGAAGGACCCUGAGAAACACGUUUUGUGAAGUGAAAGUAGAUCAUAGCGAUGGACUCCAAAAAAAACAAAUCCUAGGAGCUGAGGCUUAUAUGGGAUCCAGCUGUCCUUUCUGUCAGUAAGAUGAACCCUAAAAGUAAAUCCUUUGUAGUAUUCUAGGAUAAAUGUCUGGAAUAUAUAUUUUUGAAGUCUAUUUGGGAUCCCACACGUGAAUACUUUGAGGGGAAAUACUAAAAACAUGGGCUGUGAGAGAAACUUGUUGAAUCCUAAAUAAAAAGAGUAUGUUAGGAUUCAUUGAAAAUUCAGGAGGCAAAUGUUUGGAAGGAUACUAACAUCCAUUCUGGUCUCAGUGAAUUUAUUAAGAAAUUGAUGACAUUUUUCACAGCGUUUUUGCAUGCCAGCAUGUUCCUGUAUUGUGUGCUGUUUGGUCACACAUUGAUCACAGACUAGGGGAUUCUUUUCAGUACCUUGAAUGGGUUGGUUGUAGGCAAGCACACUAGGACUGUAGGACAUCACAUGGUCCCAUCCUAAAGUAAGUGGGAUAUCUUCCCUGCAGCUGCAUAUUUCUUCCAUGCUUGCCUGAGCCUAGAUUGACAUAAGAGCAGGACCAAGCACAGUUUAUGACUCCCCAAAAGCAUUGGAGGGAAUAGGAGAUGGAGAAGUGGAAGUAAGGUUGUCCAGAAGGACAUGUUUUUAGCAUAUUUCAGCUGUGGCAAAGGAUGUGUGAUGGAUUUUCUGUGUUGCUGAGGAGCACUGACUCAUGUAGAGUUAGAAUAUGAGUCCUAGGUCAUCCCAGUGCCAUAGGAUUGUUCAAAUCUAUCUUAGAAUCCAGGAUGCUAUUCAUAUUUGAGUGGGUUGAGAAAAUAUUCCUGAGUGUUUCCCCCCCCAGAAAUGAAAGCUUUUACUGUAGAAAUGGAACAAUUAAAAAUUCUUUCAUUUCUUCCAAUAAAAGGAACAUAAAUGCCAUCCCAGAUAGAUUUUUGCAAUCCUUAGGCAGUGAGAUAAUUUGCCUUUUGACUCGGAAUCAGGGUAAAGAGUGGUGAUGGUGGAUUAAUGGUGCAAACAAACCCUCUUUUCCACUUAUACUGCUUCACUCCAGCCUCUGUCUGUCAUCCUAUAAUCCCUACUGUGGCAUAACAAUAUUUGUAAGAGAUCGGGAUUUCUUUUUUCUUUUUUUAACUGAUUUCAGUUUUGCUGAUCCCCCUCUGAAAAGGAAUAGAAUUUGAGAUUCAGGGGGGAAAAAUGGUAUUGGGACCAUAGCCCAGCAUCUUCCAGAAGAUGGACAUUUAUAGGGCACAAGCGAUCCAUACCCUUUUUAUGCCCUACAAUGAAAGCCUUAGUCUGUGGGUAAAGUUUGCACAAGUUGGGAUCGUUUCAGCAGGGGAUAGGAGGACAAAGGGGAGAUAACAGGGAAACAAUAUUUUCCCUUUGCUUUCAUAUCCACCCCUUUCCUGCCAUUAUUUUCAGACUUGGAGUGAUUACAAAGUAUACCCGCAGUUGGAGAAGAGGAGAUUUAAGCAUUAUAUCUGCAUGAUGAUUUUAUUGUAUUUUUCUGAGCAAAAACAUCUUUUGUGUAUGUGCUGGUUUGUCAAGACUUAACCUAAUCAUGCUCCUUUGCUCUUUCCUUUUACCUCACCCCUAACUUCCCCAUAUUCCCCUGACCACCAUUGUAAUUUGAAAACUUUGGGAGGGAGUGGACUCCAAAGAGAACCCAAACCUGGUGUCACACAAAAAAACAAAAACAGCACCUCCCAGUGUAAUUCACGCUGCCUUUGCAAAACUCUCUGAGUUGGUUUCAGCUUGGUUAAUUUCCAGAGGCGUGGCCCCAAUCCAUUAAUUCAUGCUCAUCCUGUAACAAUUAACUCCCAUAAGCCUUUAGAAAUGCUUGUAUAGUAAGGGCUUUUGGGUGAAGAACACACCUGGGUCUUGGCCAAACAUUAGUUCACUAGUUGGCUCUUCUGAUGCAGAGGCAGAUUUGCUGUCCAGGAAUAGAUUAAAAAGUCAAGUUUUAAGGCUGUCUUGCAAAGGAAAAGGCUUCUUUAAGGGCACCUUGGGAAUUUGAAGCAAUUUGUUUACAUGGAAAGUCUCCCCUUGGACACAGUGGAUUGUGUCUACUGUGUGCCCUUGGACUCAGUGGAUUACACCUCCUGUUCUUUUUGUUUUGUUUAUGAAAUAACAAUGCUGUAGUGUACAUGACCUUCUUGAUAGGCCCUUUAUAGUGGAGACAUGAACUAAAUGAAGACACACACACCAUUUACUUUCCCACUAGCAUAGUUCUUCCUUACAAGUCCCAAAACAUCUCUGAGGAGAGCAUUUCUCCUAGAGGAAUCUGGAGAAGAAACUUGAUAUUUCUUCUGGAGAGCUUCCAACUUGCUUUAAUUGUCCAUAAUGUAACUGUUAUGGAGCAAUAGACAUUUUGUUUAUCCUAAUGAAAAAAAAAGGGGGAAACCAGAGUUGGAUUCUGCUCCCUUUGCUAGGACCUCUUACAUCAUUGGAACAGAAACGUCAAAGAUGGAAUUUUGGAAGUGUGCUUCAUGGAACAGAUUCUGGAUGCAGUCUGUCUUCCUGUGGUCAAUUUGGAGAAGAAUAAGGGAACAAGAAAGAAAUGGUCUUUCCAUACUGAAUCUUGGCCUGCAAAAAGGACACUACUGAAGUUUUGAUCCAAUUGGAGUACACUAGAUCCUAACUCUUGUAAAUACUGCAGUGCUCUCCCAGCUUCAUUUGCCAGAUAAUUCUUCUUGAGAUGGGUGUGAAAUAUUCAUUAUUAACAAUUGAAAAUUUAUGUAAAGGAAUGUUCGCUGAGGCAGCACUGAUGUGCUUGCAAAAUCUUUACUGGAAGUUCUGGAGCAGAUAGGAGGUCAUGGGAAGGUGGGCCUCAACAAAAAGGGAGAGAACAAGGUGGGAGAGAAAGAGAUUGGUUGGCCUAAUGAACACAACAGGAAUAGAAAAGAAGCAAAGGCUAAGAAACAUAGAAAGGGGUUUUGGAAAGGGGUUUACUAAAUAUAGGUAAAAUCAAAUAUGUAUUUAACCAAUAAGAGGAGCAAGGCUAGAGGUGAAGCUGCUUCACAUUCUUCAUUGUUCAAAUCUGAGUUAAUUCCACUGCUUUCCAGAACUAGAAUAAAACUUUCAUAUAUCAAGAUGUGGGCAUCAGCUAUUUAGCCACAUAAUUUUGGGUUCCUGUCACAAACCCAUAAUUUAUCAAAACUGGGUUCAGAUACAAAAAGUGAUACAAUGAUACACAACAAAAUUGAUGUGUGCUUUUCUAAAAUUAAGGCAGAGUUACCAUCCAAUAUACAAGUUGACUGGUGGACUAGAAGUCUUUUGUUAUGAAAAUGUUUGUGGGCUCCUUGGUGUUUUUUGUAUUUGGUAUUUGCUGGGAAGCAUUUCAAAACUCAACCAUGUAACGUUAUCAGUGUGAGAGAAGGUGGAGUUGGUUCCCUUUGUAUCUACAGUAGCUUGCCUUUCCAGUGUUCAUGGCAAUGUGGUUUUCUCCUUGGUAGUUCUUAGAACUUAGUGGUGAUGUUACCUAGUUGAGUGAUGAAACAUCUGCAAGAAAAAGAGCCAAGCUUAGAGAACACCAAGGGCUGUGCAGUUUGAGGAUUUUCAAGUGUCCCUAAAAAGAAAAAAAUAUCAGAUAUUUGCUAAUAUUGCAAAGAAGAAAUAUCAGUUGUCUCAUCUCCUCGUUAUGUAGAAGUUCAACCCUGAGCUACAUAUACACCUUUCUAUUGAAAAUGUCUUAGAGUCUGCUGGAGUCACUUCUCUGUUUCCCUCUAUUUCACCCUUUUUUUACUCUACUUUCUCUGUCACUUGCCAAAUAACGAACACAGCAGAAUUUAAACAGUUUUGUCUGAACUGGUGAGCACAAAGUAGUACACACUGUUAUACCAAUAGAGAAAGCUGCAUGUAAAUAAACUUCAGUCCCCGAGAAGACAGAAUAAAUCCCUGUCUAUUUCUGACUGGAAAAUAUAGAAAAAACAUCUUAGGAAGAUAAAGCAGAAGUGGCAGUGAUUAGAUUUUGAUUCUGAAGAAUUAUAAUAAAAUUAAAUUUUAAACAAAUUAAUGUCCCUAGAGCAGUCGUUGCAAAGAACCUCAAUGAUGCAGCUUAACUACUAGUUCAAGCUCUUUCAUGAUUCCCUUAGAUCAAACUUGCAUCAUCACAUGUGACGUAUCGUGACUCCCCACCCCCCUUCAAUAAACCAAGUGUGGGCAGUGGCCAUUGCAUGAUGCAUCCAGUUUGAUACCCCUGCCUUAGAUACUCAGAAAUUCUCACAUCCUAUAUAUAAAACAUCUGUACCUUUUGCAUCAUUUCCCCAAGCUAAUUUUAGGGAUUUAAAUGCUGUCCUCAAAGGCUGUCCUUCAGCCACCUGUCCACCCUCUGCCCCUGCUUACUUUCAGGUGUGGUAGUUAACAAGAGAAAAGAGACUUUUCAUCCCAAUACCUUAUUAAUCCACAUAUUAAGGUAAUAGAGGGAACAGUAAACCCUCCCCCCCUUACAAAGUGCUGUUGCUCUUGGUACUAUUGAAAGGAGAGCCAAGCAAAUGCAGGGAGGUGUGGAAUAAUGGGGAAUUAUGGGGUGAGCAUUUGGUGACUGCAGAAAUGAGUGAAAUAGGCAUAAAAAAACCAGGGAAUCUUCACUGCCUUUGUUUUAGCUUGGGACAGACCAAAAGUUCAGUAAUUGUGAUUUUCGCCUCUUCUUUGAUAUGUCCUAAUGAUUAAUUUCUGAGAUCGAAUUCAGAAUAAUAAUAAAUAAAGAGAAGACAAGAUGAAAAAAGAGAAGAAAGAAUGGUUUAUGGUGGGAUAAGAAAAAAUAUUGAAGGGGGGAGUGAAAAAUUUAUCUGAAAAAAAUGAUCAGAUUAGAUUUCAAGUUAUCAGUGAAAAAUAUUUUGAUAAGAAGAUUAGCACAGAUAGUGUAUUAAACUGCUGAAAGAGAAGUCUGGAUGAAGAAGCAGAUAUGAGUAGGAGUGAGAACAAGUUGGAGGGUUCUUGAAAAACUGGCCAGUUGUGGACACUCCCCUUAAAUAUAGGUUUAUAUAUGUUAGAUGGAAAAAGCAUAACAUGAUGCAGUACAUUAUUCAGACAAUAUGGCAAGAGGAACUUUCCCUGAGCUAAUCACCACUAAUUCAGCCAAAGCUACUUGAGAAGAAUCAGCCACAGAAGAAAGAAAAUCAAGACCUGAUACAUCUGUUCCAGUUUCCUUGGCCUAAGAUGCAAAGGAGUAGCAAAGGUAGUGUAUAGUAAGCUCAUCUUUCCAUGUGGAAAGUCCCAUGUUUAUAUGGAGGCCACAAUCCAUUGAUCAACAGCCAUGAUGCUGCACAUAACUAGAAGUGCAAUCCUUCCAGGGUCAGGGACAACAGCCUCCCUAGAGUCACAGUGUAUGAACUACAACAUUGGGAAGUUGUUCUUUAAUGAAUUUCACUGUGAAGUAUUUUGUACUGAAUUUUAUUUUUUUUUCCUUUUGUGGGGGAAUAUUUCCUGCGUUUGAGGAAAAAUUCACACACA